GCACCACCACCAAACCCAAUGUCCCUCCUCGUCGCCGUACCUGCCGGCCGCUCGCUCCGCCGCUCCGACGCCGCAAAGUGGGUCGACCCGCAACCCGAGAAGGGUGUCAUCGAAGUCUCGAUAGACCAGGGCAUCGUCAACUUCACCUGGCGCAACGCCGCCACAAAGCGCGCAGAGGACGAGCUCCUCAUCUUCCCGGGCGAGGCGUCGUUCGAGCGCGUGGCUGCGGACCGGACCGGCCGCUCGUUCGUGCUCAAGUUCAGCAGCUCGAACCAGGUGCACUUUUUCUGGCUGCAGCGCGGCACGCUCGCCGAAGAGGACCACCGUGCUACCACCGACAUUGACGAGAUUCUGAAGGACCCCGAGUACAUUCCUGGCUCUGCUCCGCUCAACGAGGCGCACCGCAUCCAGCCCGAUGCGCCCGCCGCCGCUGUGGCGCCUCCUGAAGCGAGCACCUCCGCCGCGGCGCCCGCCGAGUCGUCCUCCUCCUCUGCGGCCGCUGCGCCCGCAGGGCCGAAGGAAAGCGACGUGGCGCGCCUCCUCUUCCAGUGGGCGGAGAACAACCUGCCUAUCCCGGACGGCGAGGAGGCGUCGCUCAGCGACAUCCUAACGCCUGAGACGGUCGCUCGCCUGUUGGCCGAGAAGCCCGAGCUCGCGGCGCAGAUGGCGCAGCAUAUGCCGCCCGACCUGUCGCUGCCCGGCGGCGAGGCGGUGGGGAGCGCGAGCGGGCUCCAGCGCGUCGUGGGCACGCCGCAGUUCCGCGCGGCCGUCAACGACCUCGAGAUGGCGCUGCGCAACGGCACCCUCCCCGACUCGAUGAUGCCGUGGGUCCAGGGCGGCGGGGGCGCGUGGAACCUCCGCUCGUUCCUCGCCGCGCUGCGCGACGUCAAGACCGAGCCGAAGGACGACAAGAUGGACACGGACUAGUAGAUGAUGGCACAACAUGGCAUGGCAGGACGAGCGUACUGACCCCGGACUUCCAACUCACUUCUCACCCGUUUCGACGUCGCGCACAGGCUCGUACCCCCUCGGAGUCAGUCGCACAACCCACACCCACAGCGCGAAGAGCAGCGCGCCGAUCCAAGCGCCUACUCGCAUUCCCCGCUCAGCAAGCGGCAGCCGCGCGACGCGCCCCGCGAUCCGCACCCGCCACACCUCCCAC